UCUCACACACAGCAGUGAGAGAGGGAUUUGGAACGGUUUAACAUGGUAGGUUACUUCCAAUCUGACAUCGCCAAGUGUGCCCGACCAAACACGACUCCAUUGCCCUGGAUAGCUUCGGUUGCUGUUGCACCAGCACUUCCGCUCCGAGAGAGGCGAAAGACACGCGUCCAGGCGACGGAAGAGGCAUACACAGACACAAAGAAAGGUCGGUAGCAUGUCGGAUGAGGACUCGCGUGCCAGCAUCAGUUCUUCAUCAUCCUCUUCGUCCUCUACUCAUCAGCAGCCAGAGAAAGACACGCCUAGCAAGAAAAGAGAGAGCAAAGCAAGCAUGAGCAAGACCUCCAAACUCCUCUCCACCAGCGCCAAAAGAAUCCAAAAAGAGUUAGCGGACAUCACAUUGGAUCCACCACCCAACUGCAGCGCUGGUCCUAAAGGAGAUAACAUCUACGAAUGGAGGUCAACCAUCUUGGGCCCCCCAGGGUCUGUGUACGAGGGGGGAAUCUUCUUCCUUGACAUCGCCUUCACGCCAGAUUACCCCUUCAAACCACCCAAGGUGACGUUUCGCACAAGAAUCUACCACUGCAACAUCAACAGUCAGGGCGUGAUCUGCUUGGACAUCCUGAAGGACAACUGGAGCCCCGCCCUCACCAUCUCCAAGGUGCUGCUGUCCAUCUGCUCCCUACUCACAGACUGCAACCCUGCUGAUCCGCUCGUAGGAAGCAUUGCCACCCAGUACACAACCAACAGAUCGGAGCACGACAGGAUAGCCAAACAGUGGACCAAACGCUACGCUACAUAAUCUCCCUCAGCGAAGUGGAGAGCGACAUGGAGACCGGAGGAGUGAUAUGGGAGGAGGUGGAGAGGGGCUGGAGGCGCGUGUGUGUAUGUGUGGGUGGGGGGUUGAAAUGAGGAGGAACUGGGGGGGAACGGGGGAGGAGGGCGACUAGGGAUGGGGAUUGAGAAGGAUGUGGGAGACAUUUUUAUGGGGGGGAUUUAAGUCGUAUUUCCUGAUGGUCCCUUUGUUGUAACAUGUGAAGCUUUCUUCUUUCCUUUUUUCUGGAUUUGUUUGUUUCGAGCCCAAGUAGAGUUGAAUGAUGCAAUGAUGCAUCUUAAUAUGUCUUCCUUUUCUGUUUUGUUUUUCUACCCUGUUGUAAAUCAGUUUUAGUUGGCACGCUUGGAAACAAUAAUGUUAAGUCUCUCUGCGUUACGGUUGCUUGUAAAAACAGUAGCACAGCAUGAUCCAAACUUCAGGUUUCAAUGUGAAUUCUUCCCUUCUAUUAAAGCUGAAUUACAACUGA